AUGACACCAGCCAACUCGGACUCGGGCGACAGCUCCUCAGCUACUUCCAUGGAGCAAGUGCACGCAGCGUGGCUGGCGGCCGGUGCGCAGGGAGAUGUGGAGACCAUGCGGCGACUGCGCCGCCUACACCCGCAGUGGCUCGACCUGCAGCGGCUCGUGAAUACGCCCGCCUCUGGAGCACCGACGCGACGACAGUUCUGCAGUUGGGAGAGCUUCCACUUGUCCACGAGUGGAGCCUCCACAUUGCUCACGGCUGCGUGGGGACACAGUCUCGACGUCGUGGAGAUGCUGCUUGAAGCGGGCCAAGACCCCGACACCCGUAACCACGGAGGACGCACGCCCAGCAUGGUGGCGCUGCUGCGCUACAACGUCGUGGUCAUGCGCUGCGGCUUCCGCAACAACCAGGCUGUUCGUCGGAACAUCGUGGAGGAUUGUCGACACGAGGAUAGUGAUCUUGCGCGAGAUAAUGUGGCAGUGACUAAGGUGCUGCUGCGGUUUGGAGCUGAUGCAAGUGCUCGAAGUCAGCACGGCUUAGUAAGGACGGGUAUUGUGCACUCCACUACGCUGCGAAUGGCGAUGUGCUUGACGUUGCCAAGCUUUUUCUGGAUGCUGGCGCUGACGUCGACGCUCGAGACGAGCAUGAACAUGCUGCAGAUCAUGUUGAACCACCACCACAUGGUGGCCACAGCGCACCGAAGAGAUUUUGCGGCCGACGUCCUGUCCAGCGCUGUGGACAUUGAGAUCGAAGGAGCCGUGCGUCUCAUUGUGGAGGGAGGGUACUCCUCGGUAACAGUGAGCAAUACUGCAGGGGAGACGCCACUGCACCACGCGAUUGUAAAGCGCAGUCCGCAGUUGAUGGAGCUGCUGGUGGAUCUGGAUCCUGCAGGUGGGAGCUUGACGGCUGUCACGGCAAUGGGCGAGUCGCCUGCGCAUUACGCAGCUCAGCACGGCUCUGUCAGCGUGAUGGAAACGCUGCUACGACAACUCGCAGUCGUAUUUGGAGACUUGCAGGAGCUGGAUGAAGCGACGAAUCCGCUGAACGCCAUGAACAACGCGGGAAGACGAGUUUGCCGCAUGGUGCUUCGUUCUCCACGCUCAGAGCUGCUGCUGCUGCACGAGCACGUUCGACGAGACAUCUUGCAUUGGCUUCGGGAAGCACAUGAUCAAAACCUCGAGGUCGACCACGACGACGACGUAGCUGAUGACGACGCAGAAGAAAGUCGGAUCAGCGGUGUCUUGCUGACGGAGCUGUGUGCGGAGUGGGUUGCCAGCGUCGAUGUCUUGCCGGUAUCUUCUCCACGUAGAGUCGACUUGGCUGAUGCGUUGCUCGUCGCGAUCUCGGCUGGAUACGCGUAUGAGUUCGUGCCGCUGUUGGUGGAGCUGCCGCUGCUCCGUUCGGCGAUGCCUCGGGUGCUCGAUCGACUGGAGCGCUUUGCACGAGUGACUCGUGCUCAUUUGUUGCUGCUUCAACUGCAUGGUGAAGUGUCGACGGCUCUGUCGGAGCUCGUGGAGACCUGAGCAACGGUUCAUUGACGAAGAAGUGAGUGAAAAUGU